GCGACCGGCCUUCUUACGCCGCUACACUGAACCGCGCUAUUCUCCAAACGCACGCGCCGCAGCGCGGCCUCUGGCGCUCGGGGAUCCCUUACGCCGAAUGCGUGGGGAGGCCGCCGGACGCGCGCACGCGCAGGAACCCUGCCUAGGUCGCCUGCGGGAGGGGGAGGCGGCGGUGGCGGCGGCGGCGGCGGCGGCGGAGCAGAACAUGAAUGGAGCAAAAUGGCGGAUCAUGUGCAGGGAAGGUGGUGGAGAAGAUGGUCACACAGCACCCUCAGCGGAUCCUGAAUGAAACAGUUUCAGACCCAGGCAUGGAUCUGAAACAGUAUUUGUCACACUUUUCGAUGACUUCUGGCAGGAACAUCGUUGUCCAGUCUCUUCUUGAAAACCUCCAGUGAUGGAGCAUCCACAAUUUCUGAAGAGUCUAGCCCAGCUAGAGAAUUUGUGCAAGCAACUCUAUGAGACAACGGACACCACUACACGGCUCCAGGCAGAGAAAGCCCUGGUUGAAUUUACCAAUAGCCCAGAUUGCUUGAACAAGUGCCAGCUUCUCCUUGAAAGAGGGAGUUCAUCAUAUUCCCAAUUAUUGGCAGCUACAUGCCUUACAAAACUGGUGUCACGCACAAACAACCCUUUGCCCUUGGAACAACGCAUAGACAUACGGAAUUAUGUGCUCAAUUAUCUUGCUACCAGACCUAAGCUGGCCACAUUUGUUACACAAGCACUAAUUCAGCUCUAUGCCAGGAUCACAAAGCUGGGCUGGUUUGACUGCCAGAAGGAUGAAUAUGUUUUCAGAAAUGUCAUCACUGAUGUCACAAGAUUUUUGCAGGACAGUGUUGAGCACUGCAUCAUAGGAGUGACAAUCUUGUCUCAGCUAACAAAUGAAAUUAAUCAAGUAAGUGCUUCAGCCUUCCUCAGUGAAGCAGACACUACACAUCCUUUGACCAAGCACAGGAAAAUUGCUUCCUCAUUCCGCGACUCAUCUUUGUUUGAUAUUUUCACGCUGUCCUGCAAUUUACUGAAACAGGCUUCAGGAAAAAACCUGAAUUUGAAUGACGAAAGUCAGCAUGGUCUUCUUAUGCAGCUUCUCAAGCUCACAUACAAUUGUUUGAACUUUGACUUCAUUGGUACAUCAACAGACGAGUCAUCUGACGAUCUCUGCACAGUGCAGAUCCCUACCAGCUGGAGAUCAGCCUUUCUAGAUUCCUCAACCCUGCAGUUAUUUUUUGAUCUGUACCAUUCCAUACCUCCCACUUUUUCACCCCUGGUCUUGUCCUGUCUAGUGCAAAUUGCCUCAGUCCGGCGGUCCCUAUUUAAUAAUGCAGAAAGAGCCAAGUUCCUGUCACACCUUGUUGAUGGUGUCAAGCGCAUACUGGAAAAUCCCCAAAGUUUGUCAGACCCAAACAACUAUCAUGAAUUCUGUCGGCUUUUAGCUCGUCUGAAAAGCAAUUAUCAGCUCGGGGAGCUAGUAAAAGUGGAAAACUAUCCUGAGGUCAUCCGACUCAUUGCCAAUUUCACUGUCACCAGCUUGCAGCACUGGGAGUUUGCUCCGAACAGCGUGCACUAUCUCCUCAGCCUGUGGCAGCGUCUGGCAGCAUCUGUUCCCUACGUUAAAGCUACCGAGCCACACAUGCUGGAGACGUACACCCCAGAGGUUACCAAAGCAUACAUCACCUCCAGGCUGGAGUCCGUCCACAUCAUACUGAGAGAUGGCCUAGAAGAUCCACUGGAUGACACAGGUUUGGUGCAGCAGCAGCUCGACCAGCUAUCCACUAUUGGGCGCUGCGAAUAUGAGAAGACCUGUGCCCUCCUAGUGCAGCUGUUUGACCAGUCCGCUCAAUCCUACCAGGAACUGCUGCAAAGCGCGACAGCCAUCCCCGUGGAUGUGGCCGUACAAGAAGGACGCCUCACCUGGCUGGUCUAUAUCAUUGGGGCCGUGAUUGGCGGGCGGGUGUCAUUUGCCAGCACAGACGAGCAAGAUGCCAUGGAUGGAGAACUGGUUUGUCGGGUUCUUCAGCUCAUGAACUUGACCGAUUCACGUCUUGCUCAGGCAGGCAAUGAGAAGCUAGAGCUGGCCAUGCUGAGCUUCUUUGAGCAGUUCCGAAAAAUUUACAUAGGAGACCAGGUGCAGAAAUCCUCUAAGCUGUAUCGCCGGCUCUCAGAAGUCCUGGGGCUGAAUGAUGAGACCAUGGUCCUGAGUGUCUUCAUAGGAAAAAUAAUCACUAACCUGAAGUACUGGGGACGGUGCGAACCAAUCACCUCCAAGACGUUGCAGCUUCUCAAUGACCUCUCCAUUGGCUACAGCAGCGUUAGGAAACUGGUGAAACUGAGCGCUGUGCAAUUCAUGCUGAACAAUCACACGAGUGAGCACUUUUCCUUCUUGGGUAUUAACAAUCAAUCCAACCUGAGUGAUAUGAGAUGUCGGACUACUUUCUAUACGGCACUUGGGCGCCUCCUCAUGGUGGACCUCGGGGAGGAUGAAGAUCAGUAUGAGCAAUUCAUGUUACCCCUCACUGCUGCUUUUGAAACUGUGGCACAAAUGUUCAGCACCAACACCUUCAAUGAGCAGGAGGCAAAGAGGACGUUGGUUGGCCUUGUGAGAGACCUGAGGGGGAUUGCCUUUGCCUUCAACGCCAAGACUAGUUUUAUGAUGCUCUUCGAGUGGAUCUACCCAGCCUACAUGCCAAUCUUGCAGCGGGCAGUUGAGCUCUGGUACCAUGACCCAGCCUGCACCACCCCUGUGCUCAAGCUGAUGGCUGAGCUGGUGCACAAUAGGUCCCAGAGGCUGCAGUUCGAUGUCUCCUCCCCAAAUGGCAUCCUGCUCUUCCGGGAGACAAGUAAAAUGAUAACGACCUAUGGAAACCGUAUCCUCACUUUGGGGGAAGUUCCAAAAGAUCAGGUUUAUGCCUUGAAGCUCAAAGGGGUUUCCAUCUGCUUCUCCAUGCUAAAAGCCGCCCUGAGCGGCAGCUACGUCAACUUUGGUGUCUUCCGCCUCUAUGGGGACGAUGCCCUCGACAACGCCUUGCAAACUUUCAUCAAGCUCCUGCUCUCCAUCCCACACAGCGACCUGCUGGAUUACCCUAAACUCAGCCAGUCCUACUAUUCUUUACUGGAAGUUCUUACUCAAGAUCACAUGAAUUUUAUAGCUAGCCUGGAGCCACAUGUAAUCAUGUAUAUUCUAUCUUCCAUUUCAGAAGGUCUCACAGCACUAGAUACCAUGGUUUGCACUGGAUGCUGCUCCUGCUUAGACCACAUUGUCACUUAUCUCUUCAAGCAGCUGUCCCGCAGUACCAAAAAGAGGUCUGCCCCAUUGACCCAGGAAAGCGAUCGGUUCCUCCACAUCAUGCAGCAGCACCCAGAGAUGAUUCAACAGAUGCUCUCCACAGUGUUGAAUAUCAUCAUAUUUGAAGACUGCAGGAACCAGUGGUCUAUGUCACGGCCUUUGCUUGGCUUGAUCCUACUCAAUGAAAAGUAUUUUUCAGAUUUAAGGAACAGCAUAGUAAACAGCCAGCCCCCUGAGAAACAACAAGCUAUGCAUCUCUGCUUUGAAAAUCUCAUGGAAGGCAUUGAGCGCAACCUGCUGACAAAAAAUCGCGAUAGGUUUACACAGAAUCUUUCUGCGUUUCGUCGAGAAGUAAACGAUUCCAUGAAAAAUUCCAUCUACGGGGUAAACAGCAACGACAUGAUGAGCUGACGUCUCGCCAGGAGCUGCUCUGUGGGCUGGGGAGGUUAACUUUUCCGAUGGAAAGACACGAGGGUGUUUCCGAUCCCUGCUGGUCCUCCUUGGGGCUAGGCUGCAGGAGGGGGGCGUAAAAGGUUCACUCGGAGAGAGGUUUUUUCCCUUGGGGAGGCGCCAUUGGCACCUCCCUGCGUGAAUGUCAGAGGAACCCUGUGUCCUGCCACGGCCUGCCUUGUAUAAACAUGUACAUUUUUUCAUAACAUUUUGAACAAGGUUUAUAUUGACUCAAGUUUAAAAAAAAGUGUGACUGAAAUUUUUACAUAGUGCACCAAUGCUAGAGCGAGGGUGAUAUGCAAGUGAAGUGUCUCCUGGCUACCUGCCACAUCACUGGGCAAGGAGGUGUGAGAGUACAGAAUUAUAUUUAGUAACUAGUGUAGAGGCACAAGUGUAAAAUUCCAAAUGUAUAUUUUUCUUAUCUUUCCCUUCAACUUAGACCAUCCCUCUCCACCUUCCCUCAUUAGGAGCUCAAAGCCAUGUCACAUUCCUGCCAUGUGCACACACAGAGCCCAUAAACACACACACACACACACACAAUUUUGGAAGAUGGGAGGACUUGGCUAUCUGGCAGCAGCUGCGAACUCCUCACAUUGAGCUCUUGAAACUGCAGCUUCUUCCCCACAAGGCCAUCCCCCCACCAAGAAAAUGCACCGUAAAUCCUUCAGACAAAUCUCUUUUCCCACUAAAGCUGAGGGAACAUUUGUUAAAUGUUAAAUUUUGUGAAAACAACAGGGACCGAUUUCCCUUGGCCCUGCCCUGCCCUCUUGCUGCUAGUUUUCUGUCCCAGGAGCCCAGAUCUAAUUGUAACCCUGGUUUCUCCCCCCAAAUAGCACCUCCUUGAUGGGGGGAGAAUUAUUUCCUCUGGCGAUUGUGUGCUGGGUCCUUUUUCUGUGACCAGGUUGCUGAAUGAUUUGUACGGAUGUUUGCUGCAUACAGUGUAAGCAUUGUGGCUGCAAAUAAAGUGGUUUCUACUGAA